AUGGCAGACAAUCACAACGGUCUGUAUGACAAGGUCCUAGAUCUCAUUCUUCAGGGCCUCAUAGGGUCGGCUAAGGGGAAGGGCGUAGUCGCCAACCUUGUCACCCAGGACGACGACAGCGCGGUCUACGUCGUGGCGCUGGUCGCCUUGCCUGUACCCGAGGACCAGGCCAUGGACAGACAUCUCAUUCAUCUGGACAAGAAGACUAGCAAUGUACUCAGCCUGAAACCCGUCUCGAUCGAACCCGACGAGAUGAAGCAACUCUUGCGUGACAACAAGCUGGGCACGCUCAAGACCUACCAGCGCCUCAGCAACGGGGCCUACGGCACCACCUACAAGGUCACCGUCGAGGAACCCGACAGGCCGCAACUCAUCGUCCAGCUGCGAUUCCGCGGCAACGUUGCCUCGAUGAACGCGCUGCAGUACUACAUCCGUGCCAGGGCGUCACGGGAGCUUCCUGUUCCCAGGACAUUUCCCGCCACUGCGUUCGAUCGUCGCAGCGAUGGGUUGCAACUCCAGGUCACCGGUCCGCCAAAUGCCCGCGCCUUUGCCGCUCUGUGGGAACUGCCAGUCGCGAGAAUAAAUAGUGCAGUUUUUGGAGAGGCCGUUAUCUCCUUAUUACCCAGCGACUCAUCAGACGACGGCUUGUUGUCUAUCACGGUCGGGCCCGAGAAACAGGACGGCGUCGAGGGCCCAUUCGAUUCCGUGUCUAGCUUUUUGAGAGCUUGGAUCCUGCAUCGCUUCGAGAAGCUGGAAGCCCAACAUGGAAUCGACGAGUACAAGGCCCUGCUGUUGCCUUCCAUUCGCAACUUUGUACAGUGCAAACUGGACUCUCAGCUCCCGAAAGGGCUGGAUAAGACCCCUGUGGUCCUGAUGCACACCGAUCUCGGCCUGCACAACGUGCUGGUAUCCGAGAGCUCUCCGUAUGAGUUUACCGCCGUCAUUGACUGGGAGUUCGUCUCGUGUCUUCCCUUCCUCUGCGCCGUUCCGCGGCUGAUUGAGCCGAUGUUUCGGGAAGGCUUAGGGCACGAUGAGAAGGGGGCGCUUCUAGAAGAGGCAAUUCAGCCGCUGAGGGAGGCUUUCUUGAACGAGAUAAAAGAGGUUAUGGCUUCUGUGGAAGGACAGACGUUCUUGGAGUGGUACGAGUUCGGAUUGUACAUGAAGCCGAAUGCGUACAUGAAGUUUGGCGCGUCGCCGGAGGAAAGGAUGGCUUCGUGGGAGAAUAUUUCGGUUGUCGAAAGGUUUUUGAACAGAUGGGGACAGGAAGGGCCAAGUCUAUAA